ACUUUGACCUAAAGGAAAUCCUGUGCCUCUUCAGUAGUUAGUGUGUCUCUGUUUGUGCACCGCUGCCGUUAGGAGACAAAGGAUCUGUGCUUUUAUAUUUGUAUCAAAUUUACAGUUUCACCACACUAAAGACGUUGGGGGAGUGACUGCACAUACAGUAGUUAGAAAAUGAUGGAGGAGGCUAGAGAGGGGUCACUUAGUGUGAGUGCCCAAACUAUCCGGGUCACUGAGGCCGUGAGAGACGGGGAUGCACUGACCUUCAUAGUCAUAUCCCAGAAGUUGUCAGGCAGUGGGGAAUACCAUGUGGCUAGGACUCAUGAGGACUUUCAGUGGUUGCAGCAGUGUCUGUUCUCUCAGGAGGUGGUGCCUGGGAUACUGGGUGUCAUUUUUCCUCCUCUACCAGCCAAGCCUCAGUUGAAUGCACCAGCCAAAGUUCUGAAACAACUUGGUUUCUUGGCCAUGGGGGAGGACUGGCGUAUGUACUGCAUGGCACUGGAGACCUAUCUCCAGCAGGUGGCAGCACACACCACGCUCAGCAAGAACAAAUGCCUGGAGAACUUCCUCACUAGCUCAGAGCCCCCAGGUCAUCAGAGGGCGAGGAAGGGUAUCUUCAAUCGCCUGAGCCAGGCCAUGGAAGGGAUGAGGAAGGAGGGCCACAAGGAUGUGGAUGACUUUUUUCAGACUGAACGUGAUAACAACUUAACCCUCACUGGGUGCUUCAAAUCAGCAACAGAGAGGUUCAUUGAUGUGGUGCUGACAGAACAAAAACUAGCAGUGGCUUGUGGACACUUCUCAACCGCUCUGCAUCUCUGUGUGGAGCAGGAAGAAGACUCUGCUGUCCUGGCCUUCUCAAAGAUAUGUGUCAAGCUGUCUGAGGUCAUAGAUUCAAUCAAGAGAAACUUUGAGAGUGUUGCUGAGAACAACUUGAGCACUCUGGGGCUGGGGCUGGAUCUGGAGUCUCGUUGCCAAGAGGCAGAGAAGGAGAUGCUGUACAGGAGGACCUGUAAGCUUGUAGAGCUAGAAACAGCCAGCGGGAAUGCAGAGCGAGCCAAGCCUGUAAAGAAAGCUGCUAUGGAUGAAUUGAAGGUGGCAGCUGAGAAGGAGUUUGAUCAUGUAUCUGGAGUGGCUAAACAGGAGAUAGCAAGGUUCCACCGUACUCAUGUGGAGUUGUUACGCCAGGCUCUGAUUCUGUGGUGUGAGAAGCAGCUUGAAACAGCCAGGGACACCUCCUUCCGCUACAGCCAGCACUUGCAGGCCUUCAAAGGGCUGGGGGAGUGACCACCACCGGCCAGACACCCCUCUGACCCACCUGAACACAGUUUGACUGUCUGAGCACCUCACACUAAAUAUGUACAUGCAUUGUCUAUGUAUGCGUCAAGCCCUGCUUCCAUUAAACUUGUAAAUGUAGGGAAUUUAGCAUAAUCCUUAUAGCAAUAAUAACCCAAUAGCUUUGUCUCUCUCUCACACAGUCACAUACUGUGCCCUCUGUCCAAACCCCCUCCCCCUCUCCCUAGCAGAGAGGGAGUUGGAUUGUCAGUGUUGUGCAAUGGUGCAGACAUUACAUUGAGGAGAGGAGAGAGUUCUGUGCAGAUCUCUAGCCAUCGCCACAUCAGUAGUAAGGGUCACACAAUAUAAAGCAUGAUGAACUGAUUCUCCAACUCUCUGGCUGCCUGUGUGUGUUUCUCACUCCAGGGUCAUUAAUCAGUGUGUUAGACUCCUCCCAAGGACACUCCCACUCUCUCUGUAUUCGGACUCUGGGACUGUUCCCUCUGCUCUCCCCUCUGUUUGGUUUAUAUGCUGAUUCAACGACUGUUCUUUCUUCUGGUGCUUCCUCAACUAACUGUGCCUGGGCCCUAAGACGAUCCUUCUAUUACUGAAUGUGUGUUCUCUAGGCUGUCCAAUUCAAAAAGACCACUAACCCUACCCCUUGGCACAUGUUUGGAUGUGAUAUGUAUAAGCAAUAUGGUAAUAGCUAUGGUAGGCUGGUAUUGCUUAAACUUCUUCAACCUCCCAAAUCUCCAUAAGUGGUUGGGGGUCAAUUCUGGGAUUGGUCGAUCCUAUGACUGAUCUUUGUGCUGUUCUCUCCACUGUGGCUGAUCCCUGACUCUUCACUCUAUGCUGUGCCCUGUGUUGACUGUUGGCCAUAUCUAUGAGGAUGCUGCUGUGUCUUUGAACUUGUCUGUCUUGGUCUGUAUUCUCUGAGUCGUGGGGAGGAGUAAGUCCCAUCCCAGUAAUCAGGAAGAAAGAAGGAGAACAGGAUGUGGUAAUCUGACAGUGAAGGAGUGUUUGGACACAGCAGAGAUGGUCUUGACAUCAUACUGUAUUCACCCUGUUCUGGAGUCAAGAUAACCCAGCCGUAAAGCCCACUGCUGCUCUCAACUGCAUUGCAAUUCACCUAUCCCAUUUCAAAUACCUGUAUAUCUAUUUUACUUGCUUGUUAAUCUGCAUGCUCUGAUUUGGUGCAUGCAUUCAAGAUAGUCCCAAUCAGACAUGCUAUUGCAUUUACCAGGAGUUGGCUGUAUGUUCUAACUAUGCAUGCAUUCUAUUGGUUUCCUCACUCUCCCUCUUCCUGUUUACUGGUGUUGUGGUUCCUGUUUUCUGCAUGUGAUUAACUAUCAAGGCAAUUACAUGCAAUCCCCUGUUAGCCACUGGCAUAUGUUUCCCUCCGUAAACUAUACAGAGGUCACUGCAUCAUUGUGCUCGACAUGUGGAAUCAAUUCAAUCAGUCUGGAAUAUAUUCUGUGCCUGAUGCUGUGAGCCCAAUUUAAUACAGAGCUCUGUUCAUUUUGUAAAUCUUACCAAUAAUAAAAUAAUGCUCAGAAAAUCAUAAUGUGAGAAUUCUGAGGUAUUUAAUAAACCAAUGCAUUUAACAAUUGAUUUGACAUCCGAAUUUUGAUUUCAGUUACAAUAGUUUUGUUUGUGUUUUUUUUUUGUGAUGCUUUUUAAGUGCUCUUAUCCCCAUGGCUUUGGUGCCAGUACCAAAUCAAUUGAAUCAAUUAGCUUAACAGGUUUUAUAAGAGACUGUAGUGCUCUAGUAGCUUAGUGUGAGCACACAUUGGCUGUCAUUCGUUUGUUUUUUUAUAUGUAAGUACUUUAUCAUUCCUGCACUAAACAUAUAACAUGAUUCGAACACCUCUGGAUGUAGUCGAAGAUGCAUAACACUGCUGAAUACAACUAUUCUGAUUCUAUUGAAAUGCACAAUAAAGAUUUGUGAAGGUA